AUGGCAUCGGGAGGAACAUGUUACAUGACUGAUUCCGACAUGUCUUCUUCGCUGAAAGCACAGAAGCUCAUCACACUUCUACGGUAUCCCUACCCUCAGUUUCGGCAUCUAGAAAUCCGAGCAGAAGACGGGCAAAAACAUCGACAUUUCGCUGAUUAUUCGGAACCCGGGAACAGAUGUCCUUUCUCUCGCAAAGACCUUCGGAUAAUGCGUGGGACGUUGCGGUAG